GAAAAGAGGGUUUGAAUUCACGCUUAUGGUAGUAGGAGAAUCUGGAUUGGGGAAGUCAACAUUAAUCAACUCAUUAUUCCUAACAGACUUGUAUUCUUCAGAGUAUCCAGGGCCUUCACAUAGAAUUAAAAAGACCGUACAGGUGGAACAAGAAAAAGUUUUAAUCAAAGAAGGUGGUGUGCAGCUGCUGCUCACAAUAGUGGAUAUGCCUGCAUUCGGGGAUGCAGUGGACAAUAGUAAUUGUUGGCAGCCUGUUAUCGACUACAUUGACAGUAAAUUUGAGGAUUAUCUGAACGCAGAAUCUCGGGUGAACAGAUGGCAGAUGCCAGACAGCAGGGUGCAAUGUUGCUUAUACUUCAUUGCCCCUUCAGGUCAUGGCCUCAAGCCUCUGGAUAUUGAGUUCAUGAAACGCUUGCAUGACAAGGAGAACGUCAUUCCCCUCAUCGCCAAAGUGGACACACUGACUCUAGAAGAGUGCCAGCAGUUUAAGAAGCAGAUAAUGAAAGAAAUUCAAGAGCAUAAAAUAAAAAUAUAUGAGUUUCCAGAGACAGAUGAUGAAGAAGAAAAUAAGCUUGUUAAAAAGAUAAAGGACCAUUUGCCUCUUGCUGUGGUUGGUAGCAAUACUAUCAUUGAAGUUAAUGGCAAAAGAGUCCGAGGAAGGCAGUAUCCUUGGGGUGUUGCAGAAGUUGAAAAUGGUGAACAUUGUGAUUUCACAAUUCUAAGAAACAUGUUGAUAAGAACCCACAUGCAGGACCUGCAGGACAUGACGAACAACGUGCAUUACGAGAACUAUAGGAGCCGGAAGCUGGCAGCUGAGACGUACAACGGUGUAGAUAACAACAAGAACAAAGGGCAGCUGACCAAGAGUCCUCUGGCCCAAAUGGAGGAAGAAAGAAGGGAACAUGUAGUGAAGAUGAAGAAGAUGGAGAUGGAGAUGGAGCAAGUGUUUGAGAUGAAGGUGAAAGAAAAGGUGCAGAAGCUCAAGGAUUCAGAAGCCGAGCUGCAGCGGUGUCAUGAGCAAAUGAAGAAGAACCUGGAAGCCCAGCACAAGGAACUGGAGGAGAAGCGGCGCCAGUUUGAGGAUGGCAAAGCCAACUGGGAAGCCCAGCAGCGGAUCUUGGAGCAACAGAACACUUCCAGAACUUUGGAAAAGAACAAGAAGAAGGGGAAUAUCUUUUAAACCCAUUCUUGACCACCAGUUACGUAUUAGUUGCCAAUAUGCCAGCCUGGACGUCAGUGUUUGUUGGAUCUGUUUGACCAAUUUUGCACCAUUUGUAUCCAUAAUGAUGGAUUUAACAGCAUGACUUCUUUUUUUUUUUUUUUUGGUUGUUGUUGAUGGAGAUUCCGAUGCCUUGAAUUGCCUACCGGUGUCAUGUACUUAGGAGGAAACAUCUCUAAGUACCUUUCCAAUUUUUCCUUUUGUCUUCACUUUAGUGCAAGAGAACAUUUUACUGUUGUACAAUCAUGUUCUGGUGGUUUGAUUGUUUACAGGCUAUUCCAGAAUAAAAGGACUCUGGAAGGUUUGCGUGGUGGAGGAUAAAUCACCAUACUCUGAUACAAACUCUGCUUCUCUCUCUAUUAGAAUUCUACCCCAAGGGUCCCCCCUCAGUGCAGCAUCCACAGAUGAGAAAGUGACCUAGUCUAACACUGCUGACCCUCUUUUUUGACACUUCCAUUGUUUAAAAGUACACAUGGAAA